AUACCUAUGCUGUAUGCGCCGAUGAAGCGUGUGAGCCUGAUCUGUGGCAAGUUGUGGCCAUUCCAACGGCGGCGUUCAUUGUACAUGAGGUGUACUAUUUCUUUGUUGUUGGGGUGGUGAAGCGCAAGAAGAUGCAGGAGGGAGAGUACCUCACCAGCUUUAAGUUUUUACAAAAGCACGGGCUCCCAGGAAAAGUCAUCAACGUGUUUGGAGAGAGUUUGGCGCCUGCCUUUUAUGUGUUCCUGAAUGGGGUAUACGCAUCGCUCACAAUCGCGCCCGCAUACUUCCUGUGGCGGUACUACUGGCUUAAUGUGGUCUUUCUCUGCGUUAUGGUGUCUAUCUCUCUGUGGAACGGCGCGUCGUUUUACGUUGAGGUGUUUACGAGGAAGCACGAGGAGUACACCCGGAUGGGUAAUUGGGAUAUCAAACAAGCGGAGACGAAAGAAAAGGAAAAGAGGAAGCAGAAGAAGAAGCAAUAAGAACCUUGCAUUGACAGACAUCACACACAAAUAUAGAACAGGAGAACAGGCAGUGAAAGAAGUUGCUGUAAAGAUUCCGCAUUGACAAAUAUUAAACUUACAAAUAUGCCACGCGCACUCGCAGAGUUGUUGCACCGGCACAAACUUUUAUCUUGACGAAAGCCUGACUG